UUACAUUUAAAUAUGGCUUCCUUCUUCCGCUAGUUCUGCUGCAUGUUCUGCUAGAUUCGCCCGUGUCAAAUUUAAUUGGAUCAUUCGUGAACGGUAAUACGUAGCCAUGUCUUCAAACAACUCCAAUGACCCCAAAAGGCCAGACAAAAUAGUCAGGUACAAAAUACCAGCUGCAGGAGGGUCGCCGGGCGAUGACCCAACGCCCGAUUACAUGAAUGUUCUGUCGAUGAUCUUCAGCAUGUGUGGCCUUAUGCUUAAGCUCAAGUGGUGUGCCUGGGUUGCCCUCUACUGUUCCAGCAUCAGCUUCGCCAAUUCUCGGGUUAACGAUGAUACCAAACAGAUCCUGAGCAGCUUCAUGCUUUCAAUCUCAGCCGUGGUCAUGACAUACCUUCAAAAUCCCCAACCAAUGACUCUACCAUGGUCAUCGUGACGAAAGUUUAUUCCAUUCAACAAACAAUAAAUACAUAGAAAACAAA